GGGCAGGGCCGAGGCCGAUGCCGGAAGGGGGUGUUCGGUUCCGGGCCGCGCGGCGUCAUGGAGUCCCUGUGGCGGCUGAAGCGUUUCGACGCUUUUCCUAAGACCCUGGAAGAUUUUCGGGUCAAGACGUGUGGAGGAGCCCUGGUGACGGCUGUUAGCGGGCUCAUCAUGGUGCUGCUUUUCUUCUCGGAGCUGCAGUACUACCUCACCAAGGAGGUUCAUCCAGAGUUGUACGUUGACAAAUCAAGGGGAGAUAAACUGAAGAUCAAUCUAGAUGUUAUUUUUCCACAUAUGCCUUGUGCUUAUUUGAGCAUUGAUGCAAUGGAUGUAGCAGGAGAGCAGCAGCUGGAUGUAGAGCACAAUCUGUUUAAACAACGUUUGGAUAAAGCUGGCAAUCGUGUAACUCCAGAGGCUGAGAGACAUGAGCUGGGAAAAGAAGAAGAAAAAGUGUUUGAUCCAAAUUCUUUGGAUGCUGAUCGCUGCGAGAGCUGUUAUGGGGCAGAGUCAGACGACAUUCGGUGUUGUAAUACUUGUGAUGAUGUCAGAGAAGCAUACAGGCGGCGAGGCUGGGCCUUCAAGAACCCAGAUAGCAUAGAGCAGUGCAAGAGGGAAGGGUUUAGCCAGAAGAUGCAAGAGCAGAAGAAUGAGGGCUGUCAAGUGUAUGGUUUCCUAGAGGUCAACAAGGUAGCUGGAAAUUUCCACUUUGCACCAGGAAAAAGUUUUCAACAGUCUCAUGUACACGUUCAUGAUCUGCAGAGCUUCGGACUUGAUAAUAUCAAUAUGACGCACUAUAUCAAACAUCUCUCAUUUGGAAGGGAUUAUCCAGGCAUUGUGAACCCCCUGGAUGGGACAGCCAUCACUGCACAGCAAGCUUCCAUGAUGUUUCAAUAUUUUGUCAAAGUGGUCCCCACUGUGUACAGGAAAGUAGAUGGUGAAGUGGUAAGAACUAACCAGUUCUCAGUUACACGACAUGAGAAAAUAGCAAACGGGCUGCUGGGAGACCAGGGUCUGCCUGGUGUCUUUGUGCUGUAUGAGCUGUCACCCAUGAUGGUGAAGCUGACAGAGAAACACAGGUCCUUUACUCACUUUCUCACUGGAGUUUGUGCCAUUGUUGGAGGCAUAUUUACAGUUGCAGGUUUCAUUGACUCCUUGAUCUAUCACUCAGCACGUGCCAUCCAGAAGAAAAUUGAACUUGGGAAGACAACAUAAAUAAGCAAUGGCAUCAACCCAUUUAAAGACAAGCAAACAAACAAAACCAAAACUUAAACAAACAAAAAAAAGCAACAAAAAACCCCCAAGCCUCUAAGGAGAACUAAACAGGCUCUUUGAAACACAAGUGAUCUUCUGAGAGUGCACAGAAGAACAGGUUUGGAAUUUCCACAUGGCCCUAACCACUCAUAUGUUACUGUGCCCUCAUUUUUUGGCCUUAGUUUGUGGAUGGAACAACUUGAACCUUGCUGCUAUACAGAUUAGCUAUCAUAUCUGGCUCUGCAGACCCUACUGUCAAACUCCUUUUGUGUCAGUCCAUGUUCCUCCAGUUCUGUUCCCCUUCCCAGCAGAGGUGCUGGAUCUGUUUGUCUCUAGAAAUGGUAUACUUUAUUGUCAAGAGACCUGUAAUGGAUUGAAGUUACCAUCAACUUUCUAGCAACACCAUCAGGGAUUUUUAACUUUUCUUUAAAAUGUUUCUGGGUGUGCUGAUGCUGUAUGUCAGACCUCUGUGAAAAAAUGAUGAAUCCCAUCUGUUGCCAUCCAGCCAUCCUGGGCUGCAUGGGGAGCCUAAGCAUUUGGGAUGUGCUUUCUGUACUGGGGGAGCUUCCAAUUGUUCUUAUGAAAGAUGCAGGUUGAUGUUUCAGGGAAAAAAAAGUGUCUGGAAUUUUAAUUGGUUUUUUAAUUGGACUUUUUUUUUUCAUUUCCCUUUGGUGAGUAUUUUCAAAUAAAGUCCAUCCUCUGUUGUUCUGGUAAGGCAUAUGGAGAAAUAAUUAAAUUAUUUUAACUAAUCCUGAUGCUGAAUUGGAAAUUAGAAUUAAAAGGCACAUUGCAUCGUGGCAAAGUAUGUAAAGAUUGUGGUGGUGAUGAUGGGGCUUUUUUCUGUUAAAUCAUCUACACAAGUGGGUAAAGUGCUUGUUAUGUGAAACUAUAUCAGGAGAAAUUUGAAAAUAACGAGGAAAAAGAUGUGAAAUCUUACCAUAUUUGAUAUAAAACAGAUUGAUUACUCUUAAAUCUCAGAUCUGGAUUUGCUUUGAUAUGACUGAUCUUGAUUCAAGCAAUUGGACAGGCACACAAUCAGAUACUGCAGAGAGAAAGCUGUUCUAUAAUUCAUUUUAAAGCAGGUUUUGCUAGGUGGUUGGUUCUUUUAAUGAGUUGAACUUACCAGGGAGUCUAAAAACUGCUUCAGUGUUUUCUGUUUUUUCAGCUGGGGAGAGAAGCAAUUUGUGGUGUGGGUAAGGACAAUUAUUAUCUUCAAGCAAGAAUGUUGAAAAGCAGGUUUGUUUUAAAUGUAUUUUUUGCAAGUAUAUUUAAUUAAUCCAGUGGGUCAGGAUCACAUAGUACUACUACAGCAUGAGGAAGGGAACAUAGUAUCUGUAUGUUUCAUCAGAACAAAAAGUGACCUGAACAGCUUCAAUUGUUCAUCAGUGCACUGAGCAGGAGAGAGAAGAUGAAUGGAAGUAAUGCAGCAAGAGUUUAACCCACAGUAAAACAGUUACCACUGUGACCUAUCAAGGACUGGCUUGUCCUUCAUAGGAAAGCCAGUUGCUUGUAAACUGGAAAAGCAUUGGAGAUACUGCCCAGAGCACAACUGAGCACCUGAAGAAAGGUGAAGGCAAAGUGAAGGUGCAAUACUUGUACUCAUCAUGGGAAACUGGAAAUAGUGGAAAGAACUCAGACAGAAAUGGAGAUUCUACCUGGAGAGGCAGAAAGUUAAUGAAGCUAAUAGUUAAGUAAUACAGGCUUCUGCUAUCAGUAGGAAGGAUAUGAGUAUGAGAGUUCUGGUGAUUUUAAUAGACAGAAAGCCCAAGUGACUAAGAACCAUGAUAAAGCUGAGUCUGAAUCAAGGGUGUUAGUGAUUGAAAGUGAUAAAAGACAUCCCACUAGCCCUGCUCUGGAGGAGAAAAACCUGCUUUGGAGAGCUCAGUCCCCAUGGUCUGCAGUCUUGUUCUGCAGGGGAGUCGUGUUCUGCAGGGGUGCCCUUUUCAAAGUUUUAAGGGGUCAGAAAGCAAAGGCAAUGGUGGUUCACAUGUGUUUUCAAAGUUUAUUUAACGUAAGAUCUUUUCAGAUUUAUUUGAUUCUGUUGUCGUCCAUCACCAUGUUUGAUUUUUCCCUUCUUACUCGUCAUUGGUGCAUUUUAAAAAAGAUUCCCUUAGUUAAAGGCUGUAAGAAUAAAAGUCACACUAAAAGAC